UCUCAUUAUUCUUUCUUUCUUUCUUUCUUUCUUUCUUUCUUUCUUGAUCUGUUGUAAUAAUGGAGAGACUAUCGAUGUUGUCCAAACAAAAGCCAGUGGUGAUCUUCAGCAAGAGCUCUUGUUGCAUGAGCCACACUCUCAAGACUCUCAUCUGCAACUAUGGCGCCAGCCCUUUGGUCCAUGAGCUUGAUGAGGACCCAAAUGGACGGGAAUUGGAGAGAUCACUCAUGAGGCUAGGAUGUAAUCCAGUCGUUCCGGUUGUGUUCAUAGGCGUACAAUUAGUUGGGGGAGCGAAUGAAGUCAUGGAGCGUCAAAUGAAUGGUACUCUCAAAAGUACGCUCAUCCGACCAAAUGCAAUAUGGGUUUAA